GUCCUCCAUGAAAAAUAACAUUUUAACAAAUUCUGACAUCAAUUCUUAAUCCAGAAGAAAAUAGUCUCAUCCAAUUGCAACAGCAAGACAAAAUACAUAAUAAACACAUUUAUUUCAAACUAUAUAUAAAACUCCAGAAAAAUCAAGUAUAUUCAGAUAAAAAACACCAUCAACAAAAACAAAAAUAAAGACUUAUAAUCCUGAAUGCAAAGAGAAUGAAAUUAGUACAAUUAAUAAAUAUAGUUCUUCAAAAAAAUCAAAUAGAUAAACAUAUCAAAGAUAACCAAGUAAUUUAAUGAAGUAAAUCAAUUAAAAAUUAAACUAAAAGUCAGUAUCAGUUCCUGAUAUUUUAGAAGAGACAAAAGAAAGCAUCAAAAUUAACUAGUUAGAUUUUACUUAAUUUUAAAGAAAAUUUGCCUAGAAUAGAAUAAUCAAGAUAUAGGAUUUGUUUAGUUAAAAUCAAAUCACAAUUAAAGAAUUAGAAAAAAAUUGGUAAGCAUAAAUAACCCAAGAAUCAGAAUUAAUAAAAUCCAUACAACAUCCUGAUAAUAGUCAAUAAAAUAGAAGUGAUUCUAAAGAAAACUUAUUAAAUUCUGUGGUCCAUAUCGAAAAUUCUACUAGCCAUUUACCUUUAAUCUACAUUAUUGAUUUGGCAUCAUUAUGA